AUGGUGGAAGAAAUCGAGCAGGAGAAGGCUCGCCUGGAGGCCAUGGAAGUGGUGGAACAGGAGGAGCCACCACAACCACUCCCGGAGGGCCAAGAGAGGGAGCGCCUCCUUCGCUGGGCCCUCACGUUCCAGGCCCGCAUCCCUCAGUCGGACUGGAGGCGUGAGGAACGCCGGCGAAUGGAGGUGGUCCGCGCCAUCCAGGAGGAGAUGGAAUCAGACCAGACGGACGGCAGGACAGCUGAGACUCUGUCCGAACAUGGGACCUUAAAAUCCCAUUGUUCGGACACCUCAAAGGGGUCCCAGCUGUCCCUAGACGGGCAAGCGGAGAAGGAGCUGGAGGACUACCUGGGCAGGGGAACGGAGUCAGUACCAGCUGGGAAGGGGGAGACCAUCAACCCCCAACCAACUGGACCACCGGCUCCCCCCCUUCACUCCGAGGCCCAGGGACAACAAAAUCGUCCACCUCCACCAUCUCCGCCACCACCGCUCAGCCGUCCGUCAACACCACCGACCGACCAUCCACCACCGCAGCCACCGACCGACCACCCACCAUCGCAGCCACCGACCGACCAUCCAUCACCGCAGCCACCGACCGACCAUCCACCUCCAGCACCACCGACCGACCACUAG